AGGAAUUGCUGUUAUGGAGGUAGCUGACGUCGUAGUCCGAACACCAGCUAUGGUGCCGGUGGCAACGGGAACAGUUCAGAAGAAACGGAGGAGAUUUAACGACGAUGACGGUGGAGAAGAAGCUGAAUUUAGAGUAACUUCUCCAACGACGUCGUAUGUUCAGUUAAGAGGCCAGAGAAUUUUGGUGGAUCAUCAUCGCGGCAAUAAAAAUCCGUGUUUGGAGUCUAACUCGGAUCAUGAUGACGACGUGUCAUGUUCUUCAAGCAAUCUCGGCUCGUGCGAGGAAAGAAAUAUUGAAUUGCCAGAUCCGGAGGAUGAGAGCAUUGAAGAUGAAACAUCCACGCAUUUCAGCAGCAGAGAAAGCAGGAGAGAAACGACGCCGUCAGCAGAAGCAGAAGACAUGGAUUCAAGGUCGACGCCAUCAGAGCGGAGAUCAACGGUGGUGGAGAUGCCAACCGAAGCUGAACUGGAAGAAUUCUUCUCUGUUGCCGAGGGAAAACUUCAGAAUCACUUUGCUGAAAAGUACAACUACGAUAUUUUAAAGGAUGAACCAUUGGAAGGGCGCUACGGGUGGAUUCGAUUAAAGACAUGAAGAAAAUCCAACUCACGCCAUCUCCGUCGGAAAAAUCUAUAAAAAAAAAUCUAAAAUUGCUAAUAUAAUGAAAUUCUGUUGGAAUAAAAUAUUUGGUGGUUUUGUGGAAAUUCGGAGCCACCAAAAUUUGUCAGUUUCAACUGCUAGAAUGUCUGCUGCUUCUGCUUCUUCCUCGUUUCUGGUAUGCCAACUGCUUCUCUAUAUUAGUCAGUUGUAAUAAUUUUUCCUUC